AUGGCUAAAUUCGUGCAAAUCCUUUUCGUUGCAUUGUUGGCUGUAGCUUUGUGCUCCGCUGAAGCUCCCCGUUCUCGCACAUCCCGUUUCCAAGCUAGACGCAAUCGCUUCUUGGCUCGUCAAGAAGCUGCUGAGCCAGCUGCCGUUACUCCAUAUCCCACUGCCGAUGAAUUGAAACCUGAAGUGCCUUUCGAUGAAGCUGUAGCCGCCGAAGAACAACAACCCGAUGAAGUCUAUGGGCCACCAGAAGAAGAAGCUGAAGAAGAACAAGCCGUUGCCGAAGAAGAAGAACAAGUUGCCGUCGAAGAAGAAGCAGCUCCCGCCCGUUUAACUGCCCGCCGUACUUCAUCUGCUCGCAGAAGUUCAGUGCGUCCUGCUAAAUUGCGUAAAGCAGCUCCUGCCCGUCUCCAACUCCAGCCCCAAUUUGUGCCCCAACCCCUCUUCUACUAUGUUGCUCAAUAACUUGUUCAACCUUUGUGAUUUACAUACAAUUUUGUAUAUUAAAUACUAAUUUACUUUUAAUGCUUUUUACUUCUUUCUGUAUGAAUUUCUAGACAUGUUAAAAAUUUAGCACUUAAAUAGAAACAAUAAAACAAAUUAUAUAAAAUUAAUAA